UUUACGUUGACGGGGACUUACGUCGCUGCCGAUUCACAAAACCGAAAUCCGGCCACGCAAAGCAAAUCCCGUUCUCCGUUUAAUCGCAGCAGCGCUCGCGUGCCUGGUGAUGCGGAUCAGUCGCGUGUGUGUUUGGGUCUGUUUCUUUCUUUUUGAAACGAUGUGUGUGCGAUAAGGUCGGAGUGUGAGUGUGUGUGUGCUCAGUGUGUGUGUGUGUGCGUGCUCAGUGUGUGUGUGUGUGUGUGUGUGUUGCUUCCCCCCUCAUGACCUCCUAACAGCCACCGGGAUUUAACGCUGAUUUAUUUUUUAUCUCAUCUGUAAAACUGUGCAAAAUUGUUUUUAAUGACAGUCAGUGUGUGUCUUUGAUUUGUGGAGAAACCAUCAAGUCGUUAAGGCCUUUCAAUGGGGACAAGUAAGAGCAAGCCAAAAGACCCAGGCCAGAGAUCUCUGAGUCUGGAUGGUACCAUUGGUAUGGGCUCCUCCAGUGGACACCAUUUCAAUUCUGGCCCUCAGACCCAAACGCCAAAUCGGAGCCCUGCAGUGGGGACCAGCAGGCGGAGCAACACUUACCACACCAACAAUGCAGAACAUCAACUUUUCGGUGGCGCGGAUCACACAGCGAGCAUCACGUCACCCAUAAGAGCUGGUGUCACCACGUUUGUCGCACUAUACGACUACGAAUCUCGGACAUCUGCGGAUCUUACGUUUAAGAAGGGCGAGAGGCUGCAGAUCCUCAAUAACACGAGAAAGUACAACUACAGGGAAGGAGACUGGUGGUUGGCGAGUUCUUUGACCACAGGGAAGAGCGGCUACAUCCCGAGCAAUUACGUCGCACCGUCGGACUCCAUCCAAGCCGAAGAGUGGUUUUUUGGUAAAAUUACACGCCGUGAUUCUGAGCGGCUGCUGCUGAACAUCCAGAACAGGAGAGGAACUUUCCUUGUGAGAGAAAGUGAGACGACUAAAGGAGCGUACUGCCUGUCUGUGCUGGACUACGACAACACGAAGGGUCUAAAUGUCAAACACUACAAAAUCCGGAAACUGGACAGCGGAGGAUUUUACAUCACGUCACGGACGCAGUUCAGCAGCCUGCAGCAGCUCGUCCUGCACUAUCGCACGCACGCAGACGGAUUGUGUCACGUCCUGACCGACAUCUGCCCCAUGCUGAAGCCGCAGACGCAGGGCCUAGCGCGAGACGCCUGGGAAAUCCCGCGCGAGUCUCUGCGGCUCGACCUUAAACUGGGUCAGGGCUGCUUCGGGGAAGUGUGGAUGGGUACGUGGAACGGCACCACGCGAGUAGCUAUAAAGACGCUGAAGCCGGGCACCAUGUCACCCGAGGCUUUCCUGGAGGAGGCUCAGGUCAUGAAGAAACUCCGGCACGAGAAACUGGUGCAGCUCUACGCCGUGGUCUCCGAGGAGCCCAUCUACAUCGUUACAGAGUACAUGAGCCAAGGAAGCCUGCUAGAUUUCCUAAAAGGCGAUAAAGGAAAAUUUUUACGACUUCCACAGCUGGUUGAUAUGGCCUCUCAGAUUGCUGCCGGUAUGGCCUACGUGGAGAGGAUGAAUUACGUUCACAGAGAUUUACGAGCAGCGAACAUCCUUGUUGGAGACAACCUGGUGUGUAAAGUGGCAGACUUUGGGCUCGCGAGACUCAUCGAGGAUAACGAGUACACGGCCAGACAGGGUGCGAAGUUUCCCAUCAAAUGGACGGCUCCUGAAGCGGCGCUGUACGGACGCUUCACCAUCAAAUCGGACGUCUGGUCUUUCGGCAUUUUACUGACCGAGUUGGCCACCAAAGGACGAGUUCCGUAUCCAGGCAUGGUGAACAGGGAGGUUCUGGACCAGGUGGAACGCGGAUAUCGGAUGCCGUGUCCGGCUGAAUGCCCGGCCUCGAUGCACGAGCUCAUGCUAAGCUGCUGGCGCAAAGAAUCCGAGGAACGGCCGACGUUCGAGUACCUUCAGGGUUUCCUGGAGGACUAUUUCACCUCCACCGAACCUCAGUACCAACCGGGAGAAAACCUCUAGGGCUUCCAGUGCUAGCUCAGAGAGCGUGGACUCUGCUGGUACGUUCGUACUCACAAAUGUGUACAUGUGGGAAAAAAAUGGGAGUUUGCGGUGCGACUGACACUCCAUUGGGUACAAAUACGAAGAAUGCAUGCUUGUGGUUUAAAAAAAAAAAAAAAAAGUCGUGAGCAAAACUUGGGUGGAUGAACACUAACCAAAAUGGUACGAACAAAACCCUCUAUAGACUUCGCUAAAUCCGAAUUUUGUCCAGUUGUACGUUUUUCCAUCCAGCAGAGUACUGCCGCGCACCGUCAGGUGCCAAAGAUGAUCCUUUCUUCCUUUUUUUUUUUUCCCCUGUCCAUUUUUUUUUUUUUAACCCGUCUUCAAGGCAAGAGCAGAAAGGUAGAACGUUAUUUACCGCAUUAUCUGUUGGAUAUUUUAUGGUACGCUUUAAUCAAAGGGCUGCUACUGAAUCGUCAUGAUUAUAAUUACCGUAUUUUCCGGAUUGAAAGUCACUCAGAUGUAUAAAACCCCCCACCCCUUUAAACAAAACGUGUUUAAAUGUCGCUUUAUUGUAUAAGUUGAGUUGAUCAUAUUAGCUAUUUUUAUUUAUUGGAUAUCUAGAGGAAAAAAAAAUCAGAAAUGAUUAGACGUUAGCUACGUUCCUGUCUGAAGCCCACAUCGUUUAAAGAUUUCCAAACUUCAGCAAACAGUGUGUUCACGAUAUCAUACGUCAAAACGUUUUUGUUUUGUUUUGUUUUUUUGUGUUGCAUACCUGACAUUUCUUUAUCCUUGAUCACUAAUUUAUCGAGUUACCUAAUACUGAACACAGCUAGAGUACGGAUGGCUGAACGCCAACGGCUAGUUAGCAAGAGAAGCUAGGUACAAAGAGCUGUGAGUUUGCAUUACGUUUAUAUGAGGGCUAACUACAAAUUUCACCAAUAUGAUUGUUAGCUACAAAAACACAAAUAAGGCUCUGAAUACAGAAAUACGAUUGUUAGCUACGAAUAGACAAAUACGAUUAUUAGCUGUGAAUACAUAAAUAUGAUUAUGUACAAGUACACUUAUGCAACUGUUAUCUAUGAAAACAAACAAAAAAAACAAUUGUUAGCUAAGCAUUCACAAAUACAAUUAUUGUUUACAAAUACACAGAUAUGAUUGUUAGCUGCAAAUACGACUAUUAGCUACAAAUACGAAAUACACUUAUUAACAAUGAGUACACAAAUACGCUUCUUAGCUACGAGUGAUUCACUUCUUCAGCUGGAUAACGACUCCUCGUUGGUUUUUCAACUCUUUUUCAAAAAUGCUCAUGUUUGCUCUGGUGCGGUGAGCAGAAUUAUGGGAUUGCGUACAGCAAGCGUGGAAAAUACGAAACGUCAUCACGCAAAGGGAAAGAAAUCGACCAGCCACUUUAGUUUUCGUCAUUUAUAAUUAUAUUUUUGGUUCGGAGUAAAGAGUUUACACCAGUCACUUCUUUCUGAGCCACUUAUUUAUUUAUUUUUAUUGGACAUGAAAUAUAGGAAACAUCAGAUGCACUAAUUUAAUUAAAUAACAAACGUUUGUUAAACACGAAGACACUUGUGCAAUUCAUUUAUUUUAAAGUUUCAUGAAAAUCAGUUGUGAUUUAAUACAUGUAAUACAAUCUACGGUACAUUAUAUCGUUCUUAAGAUCCCUUUUUAUUUAGCGGAGAAUAUUCUUCUUAUUCGUCUGUAAAAUAUCCCAAUUCUAGUGACGGAUCAUGUGAUUAAACAGUAACGCUAAUGGAACUCGGAAUUAAAAUGUUUACGUAAAGUUGUGCCACGAUUCACUUUGAGGAUUCGACUCUUUAAGUGAAUCAAAUAGUUUUGUUUUGUUUCUUUGUUUUGAAUGUAAAUAUUGUGCCAUAUGAGACCAUGUGAUACGAUACGAUACGAUGCGAUUGACAACUCAAUACGUCGUCUGACAAUUUUAUCACGAUGUCCUCCUCCGAAUCACGCCUACUCACUCCCGUCCCUCUCCGCAGUUCAUCCGCCGUUAAUCGUAAGAACAAACUUUCCGUUCGAACAUAAACAAACACGGCAAGUGCCGUCUCGCGUGACAUCAAAUCUCACAAACUCCUUAAAAUACUCAAACAACUAAAUGGAUUAAAAACACUCCCAGCGUGAGUUCCUGCCGAAAACACCCAGCUUACAAACAAAACAACUUUACUAAAGAGUUCUUUCAACGGAGGAAAACUUGCGUGACCGCUCUCCUCCGCUGCUUCACCUGUUCUCCCUCUGAAUGAUUAAUCAACCAUCCAAUAAGAAUCCUCCUUCCAGUAUGGGAGGCGGGACCAGUACUGUGCAAAAGUCUUGGCACCCUGUUUUUUUGGGGGGGAUUUUCAGUACAAACUUUGUUAUAGAUGUUUAUUUUCUGACUUCUACAUUAUUGAUUCAGUACAAAAACAUUUUAGAUUCCAAACAUUAGUUUUCCAGCACAAAAUGAAAUGUUACAGAAAAAUGUUUGUAUGUCAGUAAAGAAAGCAGCAGAUUCCAUAAGAGACACUUUUCAGAUAAAAACAUAAUGAAGGCUGCUGGGUUUCGCUGCAGAAAUAAGAAGCGAGUCGACAGUCAAAGUCUCCAGAAGAACUGUGGCUGCUUCUGCAAGAUGCUCAGUAACACUUCCAGCUCAUUUCCUUAUAAAACUGCACACACUGCACCUCACAUACUGCUUUAUUUAAAAAAGCAAAGGAUCGUCACAUUAAAUAUUGACUUUGUUUCAUUUAUUACUGUUUGCUGCUCUUUAUAGGAUUUUUUUUAAAAUGUAGAAACAUUUAGUUUCAUUAUUUUUGAAGGCGUCUUUGCUCUACAGCAUUUCUUCGCAUGUGCCUAAGACUUUUGCACAGAACUGUAUAUAUAAACGACAUGUUUGACUCAACCAACGAUUCACUACAAUACGAUUCGGAGUCGGUUCAGUGCGAUUCAGUAUUGUGCAAACGGUUCAAUUUUUGUUUUUACAAGUGGGAAGCCACGCCCUCUUUUUUAAUAGGAUGUACAGGUACAAAGGACACUCCCCUUUUAAUAACACAUAACAGUACAGAGACCACACCCCCUUUUUAAUAACGCUGAAAGGUACAGGGGCCACACCUACACAGUGCCAAAGAAUUAAAAAAGAAAGAAGAAAGAUUUAUAAAUAGAAAGAAAGAAUGUUUCUAAAUAAUAGUACACUAAGAAUAGAAACAGGAGUGCACAUGGUGUCCGAUUUUACCACUACAGAGAUUUACUACAGAGUCUCUGUUAAUGCUUUUAUUCGGAACCGAUGCAGCCGUAUAGCGAAUACUGACGACAGCGAACUGAUUCUCAUGAGUGAAGCUUUACAACUCUGAUAUUUAUCAUCCGAUUAUCAGAUGAUCAACCUGCUACGAGUCAAAUACAGUUUACCAGCAACAUGCAGAGAGCAGCAUACGAAGCAGGUUUUAACGUUAAUAUUAAGUUUUCUAUUCGUUCGCACUUCUUUCGCGAAUCAUUUCAUAAAGAACAAUUCUUCGACGAAUCAAAUGUCACUUUCACGUAAUUCAGGUCAGAAAAUUGACUUCAGAAGUAUUUUACGUAAGUUAAUCUUUUGAAAAGUAUUUAAACACGAAUGCAAGAGUUAAAGAUUCCUAAAAGUAUUUUCGGUAUCAUGAUUUUCUCAAAGUGAAAUUGUUCUCUCACAGGUGUGUGUUAAAACCAGCUCAAUUCCAAAACUUAAUAUCUGAUACUUUUUUUUAAAUCGUGUAUUAAACUCCAAAAUCAUGACUACUAUUCCUGAAUAUUCUGUAAUAUUUACAACGCAAGAUCAUACCCUAUAUAUAUAUUUUUUUUUUUUUUAAUGUGACACAGUAUUAAAAACAGCUCUCCUAAUUCUUUUUCAUAAAUAACAGGUUAUCUAUCAUUGUAUCGUUAAAUUUAUCAUACGCAAAAUGCAAACUGCGGGCAAAGAAUUGAAGCCGCGUCAAACCACAACACUGCUGUGUAAUUGUUGAUCGUAAGAUUUAGGAUUGUAAACAAUUUUUAACCAAAAUUUCUUUGGAAAGAUCUUUUUUGUUCCAUUCAGCGGCCAAUGAGACGCUAAAACGAACACGUCGUCUAAAAUUGUUAUUAAAUUGUUAUAUUUCAACGUUAAUUCUCGUUUUAUUCACCUUUUAAAAUAUUUCAGUAAUAAACGUGUUUAAGUAGGACAGCAAGCCCUGCACUUCGUUUGUAGUAAAGCAGGUUAUACUUUAAACAUGGCAUUUAUGUUACUAGUAAUAACAAUGACUUUACAGUCACACUCGUUUUUUUUAUGGUCCGUUCCUAAAAUUCGGAAAGAUUUUCAAGUGAAAGCGAGAGACGUUUCAUUGUUACGAUAUUAGCUGCGAAGGAUUAUCUAAAAUAAUAUGGAAUUUUUUGAUCAUUUUAAUAAACUUCUGUCGUGGUAAUGUGAUCAUGUUUCAACGUACUUUGUUAUAAACAGAAGAGUUUUGUAGUUAAUUACUGUGACGUGAUGUUGAUGUGAUGAUGGAUAAAAUGGCGGCUCAGUUUCACGCUUGGAAAUUGGUACAAAUUUGCACAAAAUGACUGAAAUUCAAAUUCCGAAACUCUUAUGAUUGGCUAACUUUUGGGCGAGGAGGCGGGGUUUAUCAUUUGUAACUUUAAUUACAGCUUUAUUCACAAAAAAAAAAUAAAAAAUGCGCUGUUGGUUGUUGGGAAUAGGGCUGAGCGAUACGACAAAAAUAUCAUCAUGAUAGUUGAAAACAUUUCUAUGAUACAUGAGACGCAUCACGAUGUUUAGGUUCGCAACAAACUGCCAAUAAAAAGUGUUGCAUUUGGAAAAAUAAUUAAUUCAAGCCGUGAAAAUAAAAAAUCAUUUAACACUGAAAAGGAGGGAAAUAAAAAUAAACAUUCUGUACAAAAUUUUAACGUUUUACAAUUUUAAAUAUUUAGUAUACUUUUUUUUUGACGUCACCUUCCAAUCAGAACUUGUAAUAAAUACUGAUGUAAAGUUAGAAAUAUUUUAAAAACACAUCAACAAUUUCUCAGAGGAGUGCAUUGUAACAAAAUUCAUCACGAUGUUGAUAUUACGUUGUCAAAUCGCAAAGCUCUCGCAGGAACUCGUAGACAUUUUGUGUGAGAUUGAGCUGAUGAUGAUGAUGACGAUGAUGAUGAUGGACAUGUUUUUCCCCCGUGAGAAAAUUAUUUAUGUUUUUACCCAAAGAGAAUUAAGUUGAAAAUAAAGUAAGUCAUCUCGCUAUGAUUUGCUAUGAUUUGGUGAUUAGCUACGUUAUUCUGGAUUCUAAGUUUUUCUUUUUCUUUUUUUUUUUUAAAAUCAUUUAUUGAAUUUGUAAUUUAUUAAUGAUGCACCAAAAUGUUUCCCUUUCUUCCUGCUACUGAGUUAAACUACUGACUGUCCUCAAGUGUUUUUUUUUUUUUUUUUAAAAAAAAAAACCUGUUGUUUUUGCGCUAAAGCCAUAAACACUUUGACUGCUGUUUUUUGUACAUAAAAUAAUUUUUAAUCCGGAUUUCCGAGCAGUUCGUUAUCUGUAAAAGAUAUUUUGCGAGCAAUCAAAAAGUUUUUUUUAUUACGAUCAGAUGUUUUAAUUCUGUUUGACUGCAAAUAUUUUUCUUUUCUUUAUGUUUAAUUUUGAUGAGGAGGCAGAUAAUUUUUUAUAUGCAAAAUAUAAAUGGUGGGAGGUUUGUUAUUUAAAAAAAAGAAAAAAGAUCUAGUUUUAGGACUGUGCAUGUUCUCGACAUUGUACUAAUAACUCAUGUACAGCUACUUUGUAAAUAUUAUCAUCUUAUCCUGUAAUCUUAAACUAAUCGAGUGAUGCAAUGUGAAAUUAUUACUGUUAUUUUUUUUUGUUUAGUUUUUUUUUUUGCUGUCGUUAUUGCAUUUACAUCCACGACCAAGAGUAACACUCAGAUGAUGAUGGUUUUAAUGUAUGAUUCAUUCAGUCGGCUGAGUCAAAUACAUCUUUUCUUUUCUUUUUUUUUUUUUUUUUAUUUACAGUUUUGUUUUUUUUUCUGUUUCCUAACGAGAGUUUUUCUGCACCGAGUUCACUCCAGAUCACUUGCUAGUAAAACAACAGCGGAUUUCUGAAGCCCGGUUUGUUUCCAUACUUUCCAGCACUUCUAGUUUCGCAAGAUGUUUCUAUGGAGCUAGGAAGAAUCGUGCCAUCAGAAAUUUGAAAUUUCCAAGCUAAUGUUCGCAUUGUGAGAUGUUAGGUAGCUAAAACCCAAAACAGGUAGCAGGAAGGAUGAUAAUUAUCGAUAAUUUAGCAAAUAUGUACAUUUAAAUUUGAUUUAAAAUGUUUUUUAUUCGCUGCAUGAAAAGUGGAGAUUGUUCAUGCUGUAUCAUUAAUAAUAAUAAUAAUAAUAAUAAUAAUAAUAAUAAUACACCUUUAAUCUGCAUCUGUAAUAACUCACUUUUUUACCCAGAUGUUCUGAAAUUUAAUUUGAAAACUUCAGUUUUUCUGGAAGAAAAAAAAAUUCAAGGCUUUUUAGGAAAACUGAGUAUCGGUUUACAUUGAAGUUGAAAUAUUUUCAAAAGUUUAAAUGCUUUCUAUAUCCUCAAUCAUGAAAAUUCAGUUUAUUUUUUUAUAUUUAUUUAGUUGUUAAUUUAACUUCUUGUCAAAUGUUGAAAUUCAACUUUAAAAAGUUCAAAACUCAAUGUCAGAUGUUACAAUAAAAAUUAAUUUUUUAACUGAAAUUCAGAUUUCUAAUGGCCGUAUUCUACAGUUAGCUACAGUUCUUUUUUUUUUUAAAUAAUGUUUAAUUUUUUAUUCUUUUUUUUGUUGUUGGUUAUGCAUAAGUACUUUCUAUACUUUUUAUUUGCAUCAAAACAAACCUUUACGACUUUCUGUCAGCUGGAUUUUUUAUUUUUUUUUAACCUCUGAUUGACAGUAUUCCUGCCGUUUCACUUUUUCUUUACAUUUCAGGCAUGAAAUUAGUUUCUGUGCAGAGAAAUGUGUGAAAAUUUACAGAAAUUUAAAAAGUGAUUGUUAGUGGUAAAAAAAAAAAGCUUGUACAUACACAAAUGAAUGCAAAUUAUUCCUCUGUUUUUCCCAAAUGAACGAAUAAAUUUACAGAUUCUGGUACGAAACUGAAGCAAUAACAUCAUCAUCCGUUUCUCUUCAGUCAGAAAAACACGUACGAAUAUUUUAUAAGUGAUGAUUCCACGGAGCCGAUUCUCAUUAUUACUCAUCAUAUCUCAGGUACUGCUGUGCUUGGCCUAUUAUUAUUAUUAUUAUUAUUAUUAUUAUUUUUAUUAUUAUUAUUAUUUUAUACAUUUCUCAUUCACUAUAUUAGUGUUGCAUGUUGUGAAUCAGCUCUUUAGUUAAAUGGAAAAAGGCUAAAAGUCGACGCGGAAUCUUUUGCACGACUAGCGACAGAUUUACUCAUAACAUAAAUAUAUAUAUAUAAACAUCGCAGUAAAUUUUAGAAAUUGAUCCCCGGAGCUGAAAUAAAAGCAUUUCGUUGUGCGUUUUUCAGUCUGCAGUGACGUAAGACAAACUAACGAGCUGUUCUGAGAUCAGUUUUUGGCAGGAAGGUAAAUCUGAGUGUUUCUCGAAGCCUAUGCAGAUACACGCCCACCAUGCCUGAGCUCUUUUUUAUAAUUAACCUGUAAGUGAAUUUAAAAAAAUAAUAAUAAUUCAAUGAAUUGAAAAAAAGAAAGGUUUUGUAAUUUUUUUUGCGUGCAAACUGUUGCAAAAUGGGUCUUGUUUCAUUGUAUGCUGUCAUUACCAGUGGAUGUGCAAUAAAUGAAUUUAAGGCUGUUUUAUAAUA